CUCAUUCUGAACUUUGGAUUCGCCUCUGAAACACAUAUCGGUUUAUUCAUUUUUGGACUAAUUCGGGUGCACAGCUAUAUAUGUGUGAGAGAGACAGCUAAAAUUUCUUGUUGCUGAUGUCACCGAAAUUACUACCACUUGAUUUUGUCUUUCUUCAAAUAGAAAACAUCGAUUAUUUGAUGCCACCAAUGUUCCUAUUAUUCUAAUCAUACUAAAAAUCCUACAAAAAUCUGCAUUUUUUAUCAAGAAAUUGAUUCCGCAAAUCUCCAAAGUUGAAUAUUAAUAUGGAAAAUGAAAUCAGCUGGUUUUCGAAUGGAAUUGUAUUGAAUCAAGAAGAUGAAGAAGAUGCAACAAGUAAGAAAAAACUUCUUUCUGAUGAAGAUUUUGUGAGUUUUGAUGAUUGGGAUUUCGACGUCGAAGAGGAAACAAAGAAAGUUAAUCUCUAUGUCCCACAAAAGAAGAAGGAAUCUCCAUUGAUUUCUUCACUUAACAUAUUGAAAGACUAUGGAAAUGGAUUCAGAAAGUUAAAGGGACAAAAAAUUAUGAUCCAAACUAGUGAAAGUGAACGCACACCAAGUGUACUUUGUAAAAUGUCCACAGACGAAAUUCUUCGUUUAGGUGGACAAAAGUUCAUUCAAUCCACUGAACAUAGUAUUAUUGAUCAUCCAUUUGCUAGUUCAUUGUUAAGCCUAUCAAAGGAAGAUUCUAGAAGUGUGGCGCUCGUCGAACGCCUUCUUGCUUCUGCAGAGAAAGUUGGGGAGAAAUUGUUUGAUCACGCGACUAAGCUUCUAGAUGAAUGUGAUAACUUAAGUUCCAAAAGAGGAAAUCCUGUUGAGAGAUUGGUGUACUAUUUCUCUCGUGCUCUUCGUGAACGAGUCGAUAGGGAAACCGGGAAAAAAUGCACGAAAGGUUCGGGGAUAUAUGGAAUGCGAGAUCUUGAGGACGCGUUAAGGAGUAUAAAUGCGUGCACGAUUGCAUUUCUGGAUAUGCCUUUAUGUCAAGUGGCAAAAUUUGCUGGAAUUCAAGCUAUAGUGGAAAAUGUAGGAAACUCAAAAAAGAUUCAUAUAAUCGAUCUCGAAAUUAAAAUGGGAGUGCAAUGGACAAUCUUGAUGCAAGCACUUGCAACUCAUCAACGAAACUCUCAAAAUCCUCUUGAGCAUCUUAAGAUAACUGCUUUAUUAGGUGCUCAAUCAAGGACUAAAAUCGAGGAGACGGGUAAACAACUAAUGAACUUUGCUGAGUCUUUCGACUUUCCAUUUUCUUUCAAGAUUGUUGCAGUAGAAGAUAUCUUGGAUCUCAAGAGAGAAGAGUUAGAUAUCGAUCCUGAGGAAGCCAUUGCAGUUUACUCGCCAUAUUUUCUCGCCAAUAUGUUGAUGCAACAAGAUAAGUUGGAUUUCUUGAUGGGAUUUAUCAAAGGUCUGAAUCCUCGUAUAAUGGUUAUCGCAGAAGUUGAGGCAAAUCAUAAUUCUCCGGUUUUUGUUAACCGUUUUAUUGAAACUUUGUUCUAUCACGGUGCGUUCUUCGAUGUGUUCGAAGAUUAUAUGAAAAAUGAUGAAUCAACUAGAUCGGCUAUGGAAUCAGAGUUUAUGUGGCAUGGAAUAAGGAACAUUAUAGCGGUUGAAGGGAAGGAAAGGAGUAUUAGACAUGUAACAAUUAACUUAUGGAGCAAGUACUUCAAGCGAUUCGGAAUGGAGGAAAUGAAACUGAGUGACUCGUCGUUGUACCAAGCGAAAAUGGUGAUGGAAAAAUUCAGUGGUGGGAACUCGUUCACGCUAGAAAUGAAUGGAAAUUUUCUAGCAAUUGGCUGGAAGGGAACUCCUCUGAAUUCACUUUCUGUAUGGAAGUUUCACAAAAGAAGCGCUUUUCAUGGAGCCUAACUCACUCUUUAACAUUAAAAAGGGCAGUCUGGUGCACUAAGCAUCCCACGUUCAUAUAUGGUCGGGGAAGGGUCGCACUCAAAAGUGGUGUGAUGCAGGCAGUCUACACUAACACAAGCAUCAACGGUUGAUUUCACGGCUCAAAUCUCUGACCUAUAUAGCUCCAUGGCUCACCUUCACCUCACCCUUUAACAUUAAAUAUAAAAAUCCUGUUUUUUUCAAUAUACUAUUAUGUGUUUAAACAGAUGUUUUGUUCAACUCCCUUAUUUUCAUUUAAUUGAUAGUUAACAUGCCCUACUUGUAUUUUAGAAGCUAGCCAUGUAUAGAUUUUCCUUUGUUUCUUUUUACCUUUUUGUAUAAUAACUUCAGGGUCCAACUUCCAAAUUC